UGGAGAUCUGGUAGCGCGGGGGGUGGCGGGUGCGCCUGCGGGAUGGAGGCCAGCGCCGGGCUGGUCGCCGGCUCCCACAACCGGAACGAGCUCGUCGUCAUCCGCCGCGACGGGGAGCCCGGGCCGAAGCCGCUGAAGCAUACGAACGGGCAGGUGUGCCAGAUUUGCGGCGACGACGUCGGGCUCAACCCCGACGGCGAGCCCUUCGUCGCCUGCAACGAGUGCGCCUUCCCCGUCUGCCGCGACUGCUACGAGUACGAGCGCCGCGAGGGCACGCAGAACUGCCCCCAGUGCAAGACCCGCUUCAAGCGCCUCAAGGGUUGCGCCCGCGUCCGCGGGGAUGAGGAGGAGGAGGGCGUCGACGACCUGGAGAACGAGUUCAACUGGAUGGACAACAACGACUCGCAGUAUGUCGCGGAGUCCAUGCUCCACGGCCACAUGAGCUAUGGCCGGGGCGGUGAUCUCGAUGGCGUGCCGCAGCAUUUCCAGCCCAUCCCCAAUGUUCCCCUCCUCACCAACGGGGAGAUGGUUGAUGACAUCCCGCCGGAGCAACACGCCCUCGUGCCGUCUUUCAUGGGCGGUGGGGGAAAGAGGAUCCACCCGCUUCCUUAUGCGGAUGCAAACCUUCCUGUGCAACCAAGAUCCAUGGACCCGUCCAAGGAUCUCGCUGCGUAUGGGUAUGGGAGUGUCGCGUGGAAAGAGAGGAUGGAAAGCUGGAAGCAGAAGCAGGAGAGGCUACACCAGAUGAGGAAUGACGGUGGUGGUAAAGAUUGGGAUGGUGAUGGCGAUGAUGCAGAUCUACCACUAAUGGAUGAAGCUAGACAGCCAUUGUCCAGAAAGAUUCCGAUUUCUUCAAGCCUGAUCAAUCCCUAUAGGAUGAUUAUCAUAAUUCGACUGGUGGUUCUGGGUUUCUUCUUCCACUAUCGAGUGAUGCAUCCAGUGCCUGAUGCGUUUGCAUUAUGGCUCAUAUCCGUAAUCUGUGAAAUCUGGUUUGCCAUGUCUUGGAUUCUUGAUCAGUUCCCGAAGUGGUUUCCUAUUCAGAGGGAGACUUACCUUGACCGGUUGACAUUGAGGUUUGACAAGGAAGGCCAGCCAUCUCAACUUGCUCCAGUUGAUUUUUUUGUCAGUACGGUUGAUCCCUUGAAGGAGCCUCCCUUGGUCACAGCAAAUACUGUACUGUCCAUCCUUGCAGUAGAUUAUCCUGUCGACAAGGUCUCUUGCUAUGUUUCUGAUGAUGGUGCUGCCAUGCUGACAUUUGAAGCACUGUCUGAAACAUCUGAAUUUGCAAAGAAGUGGGUUCCUUUCUGCAAGAGGUACAGCCUUGAGCCUCGUGCCCCGGAAUGGUACUUCCAACAGAAGAUAGACUACCUGAAGGACAAGGUGGCACCAAACUUUGUCAGGGAGAGGAGAGCAAUGAAGAGGGAGUAUGAGGAAUUCAAGAUCAGAAUCAAUGCGUUGGUUGCUAAAGCACAGAAAGUUCCUGAGGAAGGCUGGACAAUGCAGGAUGGAACUCCCUGGCCUGGAAACAAUGUUCGUGAUCAUCCUGGAAUGAUUCAGGUCUUCCUUGGCCAAAGUGGUGGCCAUGAUGUGGAAGGAAACGAACUGCCUCGGUUAGUUUAUGUUUCAAGAGAAAAACGGCCAGGCUAUAACCAUCAUAAGAAGGCUGGUGCUAUGAAUGCAUUGGUCCGAGUCUCUGCUGUACUAACUAAUGCUCCAUACCUGCUGAACUUGGAUUGUGAUCACUACAUCAACAACAGCAAGGCUAUAAAGGAAGCAAUGUGUUUCAUGAUGGACCCCUUGGUAGGAAAGAAAGUUUGUUAUGUGCAAUUCCCACAAAGAUUCGAUGGCAUUGACCGUCAUGAUCGAUAUGCUAAUAGGAAUGUCGUCUUUUUCGAUAUUAACAUGAAAGGUUUGGAUGGUAUUCAAGGCCCAAUCUAUGUCGGUACUGGAUGUGUCUUUAGAAGACAGGCACUAUAUGGUUAUGAUGCCCCAAAAUCAAAGAAGCCACCAUCAAGGACUUGCAACUGUUGGCCAAAGUGGUGCAUUUGCUGUUGCUGCUUUGGUAACAGGACAAACAAGAAGAAGACCACGAAACCUAAAACAGAGAAGAAAAAGAGGUUGUUUUUCAAGAGAGCAGAGAAUCAGUCUCCUGCAUAUGCUCUUGGUGAGAUUGACGAAGCUGCUCCAGGAGCUGAAAAUGAAAAGGCUGGUAUUGUAAAUCAACAGAAGUUAGAAAAGAAAUUUGGCCAAUCUUCCGUUUUUGUUGCCUCCACACUUCUUGAGAAUGGUGGAACCCUGAAGAGUGCAAGCCCAGCAUCACUCUUAAAGGAAGCUAUACAUGUCAUCAGCUGUGGCUACGAGGACAAGACAGACUGGGGAAAAGAGAUUGGCUGGAUCUAUGGAUCUGUUACAGAGGAUAUUCUUACUGGGUUUAAGAUGCACUGCCAUGGUUGGCGGUCAAUUUACUGCAUACCUAAGCGGGCUGCCUUCAAAGGUUCUGCGCCUCUUAAUCUUUCUGACCGUCUUCACCAGGUUCUUCGGUGGGCUCUUGGAUCUAUUGAAAUUUUCUUCAGCAACCAUUGCCCUCUUUGGUAUGGGUAUGGUGGUGGAUUGAAAUUUUUGGAAAGAUUUUCCUACAUUAAUUCCAUCGUGUAUCCUUGGACAUCCAUUCCACUAUUGGCUUACUGUACAUUGCCUGCCAUCUGUUUAUUAACGGGAAAAUUUAUCACUCCAGAGCUUACUAAUGUCGCCAGCCUAUGGUUCAUGUCACUUUUUAUCUGUAUUUUUGCUACUGGCAUUCUGGAAAUGAGAUGGAGUGGUGUAGGCAUUGAUGAUUGGUGGAGGAAUGAGCAGUUUUGGGUCAUUGGAGGUGUCUCUUCACAUCUCUUUGCCGUCUUCCAAGGACUUCUCAAGGUCAUAGCUGGUAUUGAUACAAGCUUCACUGUGACAUCAAAGGGUGGAGAUGAUGAAGAGUUCUCAGAGCUGUAUACCUUCAAAUGGACAACCUUGUUAAUACCCCCUACCACUUUGCUCCUAUUAAACUUCAUUGGGGUAGUGGCUGGUGUUUCGAAUGCAAUCAAUAACGGAUACGAAUCAUGGGGGCCGCUCUUUGGGAAGCUGUUCUUUGCAUUUUGGGUGAUUGUCCAUCUAUAUCCGUUCCUGAAGGGUUUGGUUGGAAGGCAAAACAGGACGCCAACAAUUGUUAUUGUCUGGUCUAUUCUCCUGGCAUCAAUCUUCUCGCUCCUCUGGGUCCGGAUAGACCCUUUCCUGGCAAAGAAUGAUGGCCCUCUUCUGGAGGAGUGUGGUUUGGAUUGCAACUAGAAGGUCAGCUAGUGAACUUCCCCAUCAAGUGUGUGCUUGAAGAAGUAUUUUUGCAGGUGUUUGUGCCCAUAUUUUUUUUCCAUUUUUUCCUCUGUAGAUAGAAACACGAAAAAAAAACUUUGCAUUUCUUUUGUUCCAUGGUGGUAGCUCAGCCUCAUAUCUGCAAUAUUGAGCAAACGGGAGGCUGCGACAACCUUGUGCAGUUCGGCCACGAAAAAUACAGUCAAUGCCAGUGUUUGAUUGUUCAGAUUCUUUAUUAGUUUGGUGGAAAUUUGAUCGGGUGAGCCGAACAGAAAGUUGCUUGAUUCUGCAUUGCUCUCCACCAUCUACAAAAACUCAGUACUUGUUUCUCAAUAAGGCAGGAAUGGAUCUGCCGUCUGGAAUAGAGGAAUAUGCACAUUAUUAUGUAGUGAGUUAAAAUAUGCCUGAAGGGCUUGUCAAUUCCUUGUUUCUCUUUCUAGUUUUUUUUUUUUGGGUUUCCUUGUUAGAACAAAGAGAUCUCUAGUGUUAGUAUUUAACUCAUCAAGUGUUGUAAUUUGUAAAGGUGCCGCUUUGUUCAAUACUUCAAUGGCGUAAUGUCCCUG